AUUGCCUCCUGAUACACAACUGAGAAAUUAUGGCCAGCUUGAAGCCGCUCGAGCUUAGGUGGGGGAUCAUCGCGACCGGGAGGAUAUCAAGGGACUUUGUCUUGGACUUGCUCGUCGAUCCCAAAACACGCGACGUCCACGACGUCUCGCACAAAGUGACCGCGGUCGGGUCGCGGAGCACGGAGAAGGCGCAGGAGUUCAUCGAUCAGUAUGUCAAGGACGGCGCCGUGAAGGCGUACGGGUCGUACGAGGGGGUGUACGACGACCCGAACGUCGACGCUAUCUACAUAGGCACCCCGCACACGCACCACUACACCAACGCGCGCGACGGCAUCCUCGCGGGGAAGCACGUCCUCUGCGAGAAGCCCGUGACGUGCAACGCCGCCGAGCUCAAGUCGCUCGUCGCGCUCGCGCAGGAGCGCAAGGUGUUCUUCAUGGAGGCGCUCUGGACGCGCUUCCAGCCGCUCACAAGGGAGGUGCGCAGGAUCGCGGACAGCGGCGUGCUGGGCGAGCCGGUGCUCAUGCAUGCGGACUUGGCGUUUGAUGCGGAUAUUGAGAAUAUUCCAAAGACGCAUCGGAUGUUGGAUCCACAGCUUGGUGGGGGUGCGUUGUUGGAUUUAGGUCCUUACCCGACCAUCUGGGCUAUCGUGGGACUCUAUGAGCACCCGUCCAACAAGCUCGCCCAGCCCUCGGCGGUCACUGCCGCGAUGGUCAAGACACCCAUUACGGGCGUGGACAGCGCGACCUCCUGGACCGUGUCAUUCUCGAACGGCGACUUUGCCGCACACGCGAACCUGAGCGUCAGCAUGGUGAUCCCGUCGAACGAGCCGGGCGUGACGAUCCGCUACCGCAAGGGCGUCAUCAAGGUCGCCUCGCCGAUCUUUUGCCCCAAGUCGUUCACGGUGCAGUACUUCAACGAGAAGGGGAAGGUGUACAAGGAGGAGACGAGGGUAUAUGAGUAUGUCGGGAGCGGGUGGCACUUCCAGGCGGACGAGGUGGCGAGGUGCGUCCGGGACGGGAAGCUGCAGAGCGAUUUGUGGGGGUGGGAUAAGAGCAUACUAGAGAUGACGGUGUUUGAUGAGGUCCGUCGCCAGGGCGGGUAUGUGCUCCCCCCGGGGGUCGAAAAGGUUCAGUGAAGCGGACGGUAGCGAAGGUGGCAUGCACCUGGGUACCUGGAAUAUCCAAACGUGAAACUUCGUGUAUCAGCAGUGUGUAUUGACAAUUGUAACGUGCUUUGGCGGGACGCCUGG